AUGAUGGCAGACGAUUUAGAGCAGUUUAUUGAGGAGCAGAAGGCCAAGCUGGCACAGGAUAAGGCCAAGCUGGAAGAAGAUCCACCCUACAUGGAGCUGAGGAAUAAAGAGUCAGAGAAGCUUUCAGAGACUAGCAAAAUGUUAAUCUCCAUGGCUAAAGAAAAUAUACCUCCAAACAGUCACCAGAGCUAUCCUUUAGGUGACUGCGGCUUGAGUUUGCCUCUUGGUGAAGAAUAUGAACGAAAAAAGCAUAAGCUGAAAGAGGAGCUUCGCCAGGAUUAUAAGAGGUACCUUUCUCAGGGUAUUUCACAGGCAAAAAGAAAGAAGAAUUACCUGACUCCUGGUGAAGUGGAUCCAUACACUCAGGGAUUAUCUCUUCCUAUUGACGAGCGAAGAUCUGCACAGGAGAAACUACGUCUGGAAAGAAACAAGGAGUACAAUCAGUACCUCAGGGAUAAAGAAGAGUGGAAUGAAAGGCUCAGGAACCUGGGGAAGAAGAACACAGAGAAUGAGAUGGACAGGAAUAGAAACCCUGCUGCUGUUAGCAGGCUGCAGCCAGACCAACCUCCAGAAGCAAAGCCCAGUCAUACAGGUGCAGAACCUCCCAAGAAGGAUGCCUUCACUUCUACAGAAGGUUAUGAGGAGCUGCAAAGCAAGAGGUGGCUGGAGGAAGACAGGUACCACGGGCUGGGUGGGGAGGUGGAACUGAGAGGUCGCCUGUUGAGCAGAAGACUUGAUGAGGAUUUGGAUGUUCCCAGUCAAAGACGACGUGGAUUUGCCAGCCAGUCUGGGAUUCCCAUCAGGAAGCAUCACAGACUUGAUGAAGGUUAUGACUUUGGGAGAAGGUUCUACAGAAUGGACUAUGAACCUGAGACUGGUGAAGAAGUGGAGUCUAGACUGAGAUGUGAAAGUGCUUACAGCAGAAAAACUCCCUGGGUGUCUUAUGCUGAGAGGCCCCACCUGGAUGCAGUAGCAAGAGAUGUACCUGCAGAUUAUGAAGAUGAGUUAGAGAGGGCAUGUGUGCAGCAGACCUCCAGAGCUGGAAAGUCCAGAAAUCAGCUGCAAAUUAGCUCUUCUGCUAAUGACCAGGCCAAGCCUGCAGCUAAAGUGCCAUAUGCCACAGGCCUUGUCCUUGGAGACCAGGACCAAGCACUUCUCCAGAGGAAGAAAGAGAAGUACAGGCAAGAGCUGAUGGAGCAGAUAGCUGAGCAGCAGCGGAACAAGCGGCGUGAGAAGGAACUCGAGCUCUUAGUUGCUGCUUCUGGAGCUCGAGACCCAGAAAAGCAGCCAAACAGGUUGAAGCAGUUUGGCUUCUCAGCAAUAGCUCCUGAAGAGAAGGUACCUCCUGAAAAGCCUCGGGUGGCUUUCCAGACCCCAGUGCCUGCCUCUUCAACCUCCCCAGUGAAUGAAGACUUUCACAGGGGCCUUGCCAGCACCCUUGCUGAAACAGCAGCUUCCAGGCUCACCCUGAUGCCACCACCUCCUCCAGCACCAGUGCUGGCAGACAGCUUCAGAACCCCCUAUGAUGAUGCCUAUUACUUCUAUGGGGCACACAAUCCUCUGGACCCCAGUCUGGCCUACUAUGGUGCAGGUGUGAUGGGAAUGCAGCCCACAACUACUCUGGAUCCUCCUGUGGGCCCAGCCCCAGCAGAGCAGCCUGUAAGUAACACUGGGCAGAGGAGUACAGGAGACAGGCAGAGAAGCACAGGAGUCCUUUCUGAAGAGAAGCCGAAGCCUUCCAAAGAGACAACUUUGUCUUACCAACAGGAAUUACAACAGCAGAUACAAGAGAGGGAGGAGCGCCGCAGGCAGGAGAGGGAGGAGAAGGAACGUUACGAAGCCAAGCUGGAGGCAGAGAUGAGGAGCUACAACCCCUGGGGAAGAGGAGGUGGUGGUGCUGCUCUCAGAGAUGCACAAGGAAACCUGAUAACCGACUUGAACAUGAUGCACAAGCGAAACGAAGAGGCCUAUCACAACCCAGAGGCAAGGCUCUACCAAGACAAAAGGGCUCUUGUGGCUGACCCAAGUUUGGCCUCCCCAGGACCUGAGAACACAGAAGCACCUCCAAAUAAACCAGCAGGUUUUUCUUUUGCCCAGACCUCUCCUUUUGCUCGAGGCAACGUCUUUGGGGAGUCCCCCUCAGCACAGCAGCUCAAGCAGCAGGAGUCCUACAAGAACUUCCUCCGCCUGCAGAUUGAAGAGAAGAGACGCAGGGAGGAGGCAGAGCGAGAAAGGCUGCGGCUGGAAGAGGAAAGAGAGGAGAAGCGACUGGCUGAGCAGAGGCUGAGGAUCCAGAAGGCUUAUCAAGAAGAACAAGAAGAGAGGAGGAGGAAAGAGGAGGAGCAGAGACUGAAAACCGAAGAAAUCAUUCGACUGGAGGAAGAGAGGCAAAAAGAAGCAAGGAAAAGAAGACAAGAAAAAGAAAAGCAAGAGAAAGAAAAACAAGAUGAGGAACUUAGACAACAGUUGGAGAAAGAAAAGUUGGAUGAGGAGAAGAUGAUGCCAAGGCAGCCCUCUCCUGUCAUUCCUGCUCUUCAGAGCAAAGCUCUAAGAAAAGAAGAAAGGAGCUGUUUGUCUCAGCACACACAGGACCCUCCGCGGCCAAGGGUUCCUUCUCCACCUGUCCCUGCUAGAAGAAACCAGCUGCGUGCCUCUGAGGAAAGGAAGAAUGUGAUCAAUGAGCUCUCAGAGAUGAGGAAGCAACUCCGCAGUGAGGAGCGGCGGCUGCAGGAGCAGCUGUGUGUGGCUGCUGAUGGGGAGGUGCCCAGCACACGCAGGAGGAGAGAGAAGAAUCCAAAGGACAUAUUUGAGAGGGCCAGGCUGCGUCAGCAGGCUCCAGUGAGGAGACCUUCAUCAAAGCAGGCUCAGGAUCCAGUCAAUAUGCAGAACAUUUGGGACUUCAAUGAGCUUAAGUCCAAAGAUUCCGAAACACGCAUGGGCCUGAGGCGGAUGUACCCUGAUCCUCCCAGAGAUGACCAGACCUUGGAGAUCCAGCAGCAGGCACUGCUCAGGGAGCAGCAGAAGAGACUCACCAGGAUGAGGAUGAGAAGGGAAACAGGAGAAGAUUCUGUGUCUGGUGGGAACCUACAACCCCUGGGGCUGCUCAGGAAUGAAUCCCCUAAAUUCCUGAAGAACUCCCUGCUGCAGUCAGACAGUGCUUUUAUUGGUGCUCAUGGGGAAAUGUUUUCUGCCUUGGGAGAAGUGAAUUUGUCACCACAGCUUCCCCCCUCUGCGAGGGAGAGGAGAAGGCUGAGGCAGAGAGCCCUGGAGCCUGCUGUGGAGGACACCCCUGUAGGCUGGACACCACCCCUGCAGCCUGACAGCUUCUCCUUGCACUCCAACUGCAGCCUCAGCAUGGAGCAGCUGCAGGGCCAGAGCGAGGAGCGGCUGCAGUGCCUGGUGGAGCUCCAGCAGCAGGCUGCAGACAGGGGUGACAACAUUUCCUUGGGGGACACAGAUGACCUCCUGAAGCAGGCCCUGUCCCGUGCUGCCAGGCGGCCCAGCUCCGGGAACACGGUGGCGACAGAGCCCUGGCUGCGCCCAGGCACCUCGGAGACCCUCCAGAGACUGAUGGCUGAGGAGCCCAGCCCGGGGAAGCUGUCACCAGAGCACACAAUGCUGAGCUGGCAGGGUCUCUCCACUGCCCACGGGUGA